AUGUCUUCCGUGCUUGCGCCUUUGACUGUUGCUAGCCGUAGAGAAACCCAGCUGGAAAUCCGAUUUAAGCAUGUGGACCACAGCAGAGAUCCAAAUAAUUUGCAAGCUGCAAAAACAAACAAACCUUCUUCGCAUUUGCUGAGUCAUCGAGAACAGAUCGAAAACCCAUCGGCGUACUACAGGGCACUAUUUGGGAUUUACGGGGACGUCGAAGAAAAGCCCACUCCAAAACGACUCACCAAUUGGGUGGGUUUGUCGAGAUUGUUCGUCAAUGAAGACAGCUACGGGAUGUUGUGUGGAAGGUAUCCCGAGAGGACCUUCACUAGAUAUUUGUACCAUUUGAACUAUGGUGGCUGCAACCGGACGCUUUUCCGCUGUGACUUCCAGAUUUGCGCUGAAAUCUGCCCAUAUUUUUUCUGGGACACAAGAUUGGAAGAGGAUCUGAUGCCUCUGAGGCAUUUCUUGUUUUGUGCACCGGAUGUUGAUCUU